UGUUAAGAAAUGCAGCUAUAUCUUGAUUCAAUUAAGACUCCAUAUUUCCCAUUUUUAUAGGGAAGCAUGAAUUUGACCAACUGUACUAGAAUGGUCGAGUUUAUCUUUGUUGGCUUGCCAAUUGUUUCUGGAAUGGAAAAUGUGAUGUAUGCCGGUCUCUUUCUGCUCUACCUCCUGUGUCUGAUGGGCAACGGGCUGAUCAUUUUGAUGGUCAUCGUGGAUUGUAAUCUCCAGAAGUCCAUGUAUUUUUUCCUUAGCAACCUUUCUAUCAUUGACAUGGGACACACCUUUAUUCCUAAACUGCUGGUCAAUUAUUUCUCUGCAAAGAAUUCCAUCUGUUUCUCCUGCUGUAUAACACAGUUGUACUCCUAUUUCCUUUUUGGGGUCACAGAAUUUUUUGUCAUCACUUUGAAAUCCCUGGACAGAUACUUAGCCAUCUGCUACCCUUUGAGAUAUGCUACCAUUAUGACUUCUGUCAUCUGUCUUAAACUAGCAAUUGCAGCCUGGUUUGGAGGUUUUUUCUCAAUUCUUUAUCAGAUGUUGAUGGUAGCACACCUACCCUUCUGCACCUCCAACAUCAUCAAUCAUUUCUUUUGUGAUGCGGGACCUGUGUUGAAGGUUGCAGGAGGAGAUAUAUAUGUCAUUGAAGCCCUUGGCUUCCUACUUACUGUGGUUCUGGUUAUGUCCUCCCUGCUUUUCACCCUCAUUUCUUACCUCUUCAUCAUUUGCACCAUUCUCCAAAUGCCUUCAACCACCGGACAGCAGAGGGCCUUUUCUACAUGUGCUUCCCCCCUGAUUGUAUUGUGCAUUUUCUAUGGGUCAGUCUUUUUUGUCUACUUAAGGCCAACUGUCAAGAACUCUUCCUUCAGUGUAAUCAAGUCUGUUUCUGUGGUGAAUGCUAUACUCAUUCCAGUGCUCAAUCCUUUCAUUUACACCAUUAGGAACAAUGAAGUGAAAGAAGCAGUUUGGAAAGCAUUAAGAAAAAAGACUGCGUCCUUCCCUAAAAUCUAAACAUAGAUCUGUUUGGAGAAGCAAGCCUAU